UGUCGUCUGUUGAUGUGCACAUAACCUAACCUUUAUUGUGAUUCUCUUCUAAAAAAGUGAAUUUUCAAAGUCAUUGUCGGUGUUAAUUUAGGAUGACUUUAAAAAAUGCGUUCUCUCCAUUCUAUUCUACGAGGAUUCCCUUUCUUCCCUAUGAAUUCAUCAUUUUUUCAACGUGUUCCGUUUAAACCAAGUACAAAUUCUGUUCACAAGUUGACAAGCAAUUUUUUUAGCUCUUCCAAAGUAACAAUGAAUGACAACGGUGAUAGAGACAAUUACCGAUCAAUCCAUGAUAAUAUUGAUAAUCCUGAAGAAUAUGUUCUUCCAAAGUUAUUGAGUAACGAUAGUUGUAUUGACUAUGACAACAGUCAACGUUUACAGCCAAGCACAGAGGCUGAUCAAGAGGCUGCUAAAAAAACUCUUAAAAGAGGUAUUGUCUUAUCAGGAUGGAAACCUGAGCAGUUGGCUUGUCGAGAAAAAAAUCAAAAUACUGUGUGCAAACUACAGAUUUCUGCUGAAACCUCACAAAAACAGCUUUCUGAAAACACUUGCAGGCAGCUAUGCCGUUGAUCAUGAGUCUAUCAGUAAAACUGCUUCACAAAUGGCAGAACUAGAAAUCGGAGGCAGACAUAUGAUAAAAGUUGAAGAAAAGCUGAAAACUCUGCUCACACCUCAGUAUUCCUGGCUUUUCAAACACAUGGGACGUUUAGAGAAAGGAGUCAAGUUCCUAGUUGACAUGCGAACCGAUGUGCUGGAUUUGCUAAGUGAAUUGGACCCUCAGUGCCACGACCACAUAAUGUUGCAGCAACUCAAUAGUAAUUUGAGAGAACUGUUGUCACUGUGGUUUUCUGUUGGAUUUCUGAAUUUGGAACGUGUGACCUGGAAGUCUCCCUGUCUCAUGCUUCAAAAGAUAUCGGAAUACGAGGCGGUGCACCCAGUCCGAAACUGGGCCGAUUUGAAGCAGCGCGUAGGUGCCUACAGCAGACGAUGCUUUGUGUUCACACACAAGAGCAUGCCAGAUGAGCCGAUAGUGGUGUUGCAUACGGCACUCAGUGACGAGAUAUCGGCCAGCACCAGGGAGAUUGUCGCUGCUCACUCAAGGAUGUCAGUUGACAUUCAAAUGAUGAGUGUCACCGCUGCUGAUACUGUUGAAGACCCUUCCUGUGUGAAAGCCGCCAUUUUCUAUUCCAUCACUUCCACUCAAAAGGGACUUCAGGGAAUUGAACUGGGAAAUUACCUGAUCAAAAGAGUUGUGUGUGAACUGCAAGCUGAGUUUCCGCUUGUCUCACAGUUUUCCAGUUUAUCACCGAUACCAAUGUUCAAGAACUGGCUACUGGAUAAAAUUAAAGGUGCUGAGAAAGGUGACCAAGACAACAUAGUGAACUCAGACGUGUGGCAACCGGUUCACGAGCAUCUCAACUGUGAUUGGCUGGAACUGCGUAAACAGCUGGUGACCAACAGCUGGCACCAGGAUGCCCAGCUGAUUCAGCUGUUGAGGACACCGUUGCUCGUCAGCUGUGCGCACUAUCUCUACGUUGAGAAGCGGCGGGGAUACGCCUUCGACAGUGUCGCUAAUUUCCAUUUGAAGAACGGCGCAGUUAUGUGGAGAUUGAAUUGGCUAGCUGAUCUGACUCCAAGAGGUCUUUCAAAUUCUUGCGGCAUGAUGGUCAACUACAGAUAUUUCUUGGACGACACCGAAUCGAAUAGCAGAAAUUAUCUGGAGAACAAGAAAAUAAAUGCUACUGAACAAUUUAUCGAUCUGAUAAGCAAAAGUGCAAAAUCUAAAAUAUGACAACAGAUUUAAUCUCAUCGCAACGACUGUGAAAAGAAAGUUGAUGGUUGCAAAAUAAGGUGACUAUUAUUGACUAUUACUCUUAUUGUCACUGCAAUUUCAUCAUGCUAGAGGAAGUAUUGAGGGGCUACUUUCUUGCAUAUAGUUAGGUCCAUGUUUUAAUGGCAGUGUUUGAUUAGCAAUGGUAUUGUUAUUCUUGUCUAUCAUUCAACAAAGCGGAUAGCGCUAUCUCUUUCUCGCUUUGCUCUGUUGCCAAAUCGUCUUUUAACAAUGUAGAAUUAAUAAUCAAUUAACAAAAUAUUUAAUCUUAAUUGUGAAAAUUCAUUAUUAAAUUAUUGAGAAAUAUAAUUUAUAGCUUAAUAAAAUAAUAUCGGGGCACCGAGCUUCACUCGUUAUUUUUAUUUAUUGAUAAAAAGAACACAAUUCUCUAAAAUGAUCGUGUUUAUAUUUCACAGCUGGCUAUACGUCAUCUUAUGAAUUUCGGGGAUGCGAUAUUUUGAUUUUUCACAGAAUCACUAUUUUACUAUCCACAGCUGUUUCAGCCAAGGAUGAAUUAUCCUUUUAAUGCCAUUCAGCGAGUUUUCCCAAGGAUGACACCUAGAGGAAACGAAUCUUUAUAUAAUAAACCUACUAUGUUUCAAAUUUCGUGAAAAUCGUUAGAGCCGUUUUCGAGAUCCGUUAAACAUAAAUAACCAGAUAUAAAAAUAACCAGAUAUAUAAAUACAGAAAUUGCUCGCUUAAUAUAAUAGGAUAAUUUAUUAUUUUAAACGGGUAUGAACAGUUAAUAUUACAUCAAUAAACCUGUAUCAGCUACCGUCUAUAGAAGGCAUUGACAAGACAGAGGAUUCUUCUCCCAUCUUUCUUCACUGCCAUUAUAACGUGGACCUCACUAUAGCAGUUAUUUUACUGAAAAUUUAGAUAAUAUAAAUUGGGCUUAAGCCUGUGGCACUUUUCUGAAAUUUGAGUAAUAUAGAAUAAUUUAAUUGAAUAAAUAUAAUUGAGGAAAAUGUAAAUUAAGGUAACUUUGGAGAUGAAGGUACAAUAAGAUAAUAAGGGAGAAGGUCGAUGAAUUCAGUAAGGGGUAAAGGUAAGGGAAAUCAUGAAAAAAAAUUAUCAUGAAUUAUGGGUAGGUAUCAAGAAAUAUUUUCCCAUAAAAAAUUGAAACAGCACCAUAUUAUUAAUUCAUACUGGUUGUUGGAUAAGGUUCUCAUAUUUGGCUUGAAUUUCAAGUAUUUAGUGUUAAAUCUAUAAUGGUUUGGUGCGUUAUGUCAUAAAGCAAAUAUAACAUAAUAAGAAGAUAUUCCAUGAUAUAGGGCGUUUAUGUUCCAAAUUUCAAGCCCAUUUUUGUUAACUGUAACCGAUUACUGUCGACUACUGUCUACUGAGCUUAUUAUUUUUUUGUUGAGGUGAGAGUGUAAGAACGGCACAGUAUGAGAGUCUACCAGCGUCACAUAGCUUCACGAAAAAUAACUACUUGGACUACUGACCUGAGUUGACAUUGGAAAUUUGAGUAUAAACGCUCUAUACCAUUGGAUAUCUUCUUAUGCUAUAUUUUCUCUAUAAUUAUGUUCACUAAACAUUGAAGGGUUCUUGUUGUAAAAAUGAAUGAAUAAAUCAAUACGGAGAUAUUUAACAAUCCACGUGUCCCCCACCAAUAGAAGUUAAAUUUAUAUAUAUUUUUUGUAUAAAACACUAUAUUCAUAAUACAAUUAUGACAUUGAAGGAGAAACUAGGCUGAGCCUGUGCUAUUUCUCUCCAAAAAUUUUGAUAAAAUGUCAAUGUUGUCCAAAAGUUAAGGUUAUGUAAUCACACACUGCUUCGUCACUUAUUAUUAAUGUUAAUUCAAUAAUAUUUGUAAUGAUUAAUAUUAGACUGGAGACAUUAUCCACAUUCAUAACUUUAGUUUGGAUAUUGCUCUAAUAAGCGAAGAUGUGGUGGAAAUUGACCAAAGAAUAAAUUAUUAUAAAGUAUCUCAGACGAUAUUUGUAGUUUUGAAAAACAAUAUUUGAAAGGUGGAUGCACACGGCAAAAAACGGAAUGAGAAAAAAUGAAAUGUCUACAUUCAGAUGUGAGCAGACUUAUGGAAACAGGCGGACGGUUGUGUGCGUUGCACAUUUGAACCCCUGGGGAGGGAUUUUCUCUGUCUGUCUGCAGACGUCGCCACAAUACUAUUAAAUAUGCUUUUAUAUUUAUUCAUUUGAAAGUAUUUGAUUUUUGAAUUAUAUUAUGUUGAUAAUUAUUGGAUAUCAUGAUAUAGCACUGAUGAGGUGAUUUAGAAUCUGUGAUUAUAUUUAUGGUGACUACUAUUGUAAUUAAUAAACCACUGUACCACAAUUUUUAAUGGGCACUUUUUAAUAUCCCUUUUUAUAUGAAUACAUUUCUGAAACAUAUUAUACUUAUUUCAAGUUUUUCUUGCUGGUCUGUAGUGUAUAGUGAAGGAAGUUUUAUCUACCACUUUAUCACGCACAAGUCUCUAAAAUAGAAAAUGAAUAAAACUUGAGAAAAAAAAUCACCCUACACUAUCUACAUUUUAUAUAUAUAAAAGCGAAAUGGCACUCACUCACUGACUGAUUCACUCGCAGAACUAAAAAUCUACCAGACCAAAAACGUUCGAAAUUGGUAGGUAUGUUCAGUUGGCCCUUUAGAGGCGCACUAAGAACGAAUUUGGAAAAAUUUCCAAAGAUACGCCCAAAAUCUACGUUUUCCCAGCGUUUUUAGCGCUUUCUCAGCUUUAUCGAAAACAAAGCUGGGGUGUAAUAAUGUUGUGUUAGAAGGAGUUUGAAAUAACGCCAAAGAUACACUCAAAAUUAGCGUAGUUUUCUCAGUUCUUUCAUCAAGUAAUAGACAGAAAUUGUUCAAAUUUAGUACAGAAGCUCAGCUAGGGUGUAAUAAUGUUGUGUUAGAAGGAAUUUGUUAUAACGUCAAAGAUACGCCCAAAAUCAGCGUUUUUCCAACGUUUUUGUCAGCUUUUCUGCGUUUUCUCAGUACUUUGACUUUCUGAUGGAAUGAAGCAUGCUCAAAUGAAAAAUGCAGGCGAGCGAAGCGAGCCCGCUAAUCUCAUUUUUGGACAAUCCAGUUGGGGGUCCAGCUGGACGGAUAUGGCGAGCGAAGCGAGCCUGACGGCUAGUUUUAGAAAUAAAUAAAUCCAUUUACCCAUUAAGACUUCCAUUGAUUUGUCUUCUUCAAUAAUAAUUGUUAGAGUAAAAAACAUUAUCUCAAUGACAAUUAGUAUUUCCAGUAAGCUUGUAAUUCUUAAUCAUUUAUGUUUGUGAAAUAUUUUGAAGAUCUAUUAAAUGCUUCACAUUUCUACUAAUUGAAAUCGUUUCAUACUUCAUGUUUAUAAAAAAUUGAGAUAUUGCUAUACCGUAUUAUUUGUAAACCUGAUAAUUUAAUUGUGAUUAGUAUGAUUCCUUUACUAGAAAUUUAAAAAUUGAUUAUUAUUACCUAAUUAUUUGAUGUGAUUUGAUGUUAGAUUUUUAUUGUGUGUAGAAUAUUUUAAAUUCCCCAUCUCCAUAAUUUAUUAUUACUGUAAAAUCCAUUCGAAGUUAGUGAAGGCCUCUCUUCCAUAAAUUUCAAAUUGAUGUGAUCUUUAUUUAAUGAACGUUGUGAUAAAUGUUUUAAAAAAUAUAUUGAUGUGUUGAUUACCUUUUGAUAUUAAAUGUUUUUUCAUGAAUGUCUAUGAAAAAUGUUUUAAAAAUUAAAAAUAUUGAUAUUGUGAUAAUCUGAGAAAUUUGAUUGUGUCGUUGUUUAUCAAUGUCCAAAUGUGUUGAAAAAUUUUGUUUGUAUUAUUGUGGAGUGUAGAUAAAUCAAUUUUUUAUUAA